AUGCUGUCCAGAGCCUACUCUGCUGCCGUGAGCGCGCACGGUAUCAAGCGAGCUGCCGUCGUUGGCGCUGGCCAGCUGGGGCAAGGGAUCGCUUAUGUGUCGGCACGAGUGGCCGGCGUCGAUACGAUCCUCUACGACUCCUCUGAGAAACAGCUCGCAAAAGGAUUUGCCCUCUUCGACAAGCUCCUGAGCAAAGAAGUCGCAAAGGGCAAGACGACCGAUGAAGAAGCAACGGCGACUUUAGCUCGGCUGAGAACCGUCUCGACUCUCGCCCAGCUCACCGACCACGACCCCGAUAUCGUCUUUGAAGCAAUCCCUGAGCAGGUGGAACUCAAGCAAGCUCUCUUCGGCACGCUGGCUUCCACCCUGUCCGCUCGCACUAUCCUCGCGAGCAAUACAUCUUCAAUCUCACUGACGACACUUGCCGCAGCCGCAGUGCCUGCGCCAGGCAGUCUUGUCGAACGUGCAUCAUCACCAGAAGAUAUCCUCGCAUCAUCGAGUCGCGUCGUUGGUUGCCAUUGGAUGAAUCCCGUACCCGUCAUGCGACUCGUCGAGCUCAUUUCUGCUCUUCAAACUACACCGGACGUCAUGUCACGUACCAAGGCAUUUGCAGAGGCUUGUGGUAAAGAGACGACAGUCUCCAAAGAUACGCCCGGCUUCAUUGCGAACCGUAUUCUGAUACCGUACAUCAAUGAGGCAGUCUUCUGUCUCGAAGAAGGAGUCGCCUCUAAGGAAGAUAUCGACAAGACAUCGUUACUGGCCUUCAACCAGCCACUGGGAUGUCUUCAACUAGCAGACAUGAUCGGCCUAGAUACCGUCCUAGCGAUAGGUGAGGUGCUGCAUCGUGAGACGGGCGACAGUAAGUACCGCCCCCCUGUCCUGCUUCGUCGCAAGGUUGCUGCAGGUCAUCUCGGCCGCAAGAGCGGUCAAGGCUUCUACGUCUACUAG